GUUUAAACUCGCCUAACAUGGCAGGUGAACGACAAGCAGCAGAUGCCAUCCGUUUCUACGACUCAAAAUCCUGGGAUUACGACGCCACAUGGCACAACGACUUUACCAGGCGGUUCAUGACCUACGUGGACAUACAGCCAGGCCAACAGGUACUGGACCUGGCUUGUGGAACUGGACUCCUCACGUUCCGCGAAUCAGAGGCAGUGGGACCAGAAGGACAUGUUGUCGGGGUCGAUGUCACGCCCAGUAUGCUUGCGGUUGCGACGCAUAGAAAGACUCACGGGGGAGACAAAUACGCAAACACGACGUUUCUCCAGGGCGAUGUGUUGCACUUGGAAGAAACGGAAGAGCUCAAGGGCAAGCAGUUUGAUGUCAUUACCGUGGCCUCUGCGCUCGUCUUGUUUCCCGACCCCAAGGCUGCCAUCGAGCACUGGGUCGAGUUUUUGAAGCCUGGAGGCGUCAUCGCAAUGGACGCCACGCACCCGAGGAACUUGGUGUCUGGCAUGGUUCUCGAGAGGGUGGCUCGGAGACUAGGGCUCCCUAUCGCAUACAACCGCUCGUGGAGCAAAUCAGAGGACACGCUCCGCCAGAUGAUGGAGUCAGCGGGGCUGGAGGUGGACCAAGUCGUCACAGUCGAAAAGCAAGCAGGGUACGGCAAACGGUCGUACGAGAUGGAGCAAUGGGAUGAUUUCUUUGUCGAGAACGUCAUUGUCAAGGACGUUGCAAGGACGUUUGCGAACAACGACAUUAGGAGAAAGGCACAAGGCAUCUACAAGGAAGAAUGGGGGAAGCUGGCGAUAGAGGGCAAGGUAGAGGAGGUGGAUUCGGUGUUUCUGGGUAUAGCACGGAGACCUGCCGACGGGUCGAGGUACAUGGCGCCAACGAUUCAAGACGAAGUCGUGUUUAGAGGGGGAUGCCGGUGCGGUGGGGUGCAGUACACAUGCCGGGCAGCCCCUUCAGACCUCGCGUUAUGCCACUGCCGGGCAUGCCAGCAGGUGUCGGGGUCGGGCUUCCUUGCUUUUACGCGUGUGCCCCUGAAAGACGUUAGGUUUACGCAGGACCAGACUCGUACGAGUCUGAGGCUGUCGAGCGUUGCAGAGCGUACCUUUUGCUCGGGGUGCGGUGCUCCGAUCUCCAUGGCCUAUGCUUCGGGCGCGGACGAAAUCAGCCUGUGCAUGGCGACGGUGGAUGUGGACAGCCUGAAGACGGGCAGGACGCCGAAGGUGGCCCAGCACAUGUUUCUCCAGGAGAAGGCGGCGUGGGUGACGCUGGCAGAGGACGGCAGCGAGCGCUGGGGCACGUCGGAAGACGCACACGUGCUGGUGGCGACGUAGGGCGGCAGAUGGCGGUAAGGAAUAGGAAUAGGAACAGGAACAGGAAU